CUGAGGGAGAGAGCGGUGAUUAAUUAACAGGAAAAGUUAAUAUUAUAGAAAAAGAAAAACAUAACUUACCUGGUCGGGAACUGACGGGGGUUUUAUGAGAACUAAGUUACAUCGGUUUUGGUCAGGUUAUUUUGUCCGGUUGGAAGCUCGGUCGGAGCGAGGAUUGGUCGGCCAUGUUUGGCGUGCACAUUCACAGACGGGAUUCAAGAUGGCGAGCCAGACCUAGACCUUCAAUUCAUCUUCUCCAUCGCAUCAGGGAGGUACUAUCCCGCGUGUGGUAAUCCGCUGCCAGAGCGGUAGGAAUAUCAGGAACUAGUAAGAACUGAACAGAACAGAACUGAGAACCGAUUGAAUUAUUAUCUUUUGGACUGAAUCAAACUGAGACUUUUCAUUGAACUGAGUACCUGGAUUUACAUUUGGACCUGAACUUGAAUUUAAAGUGCCAUACUUGAUUUUCAUAUGUUUAUGUCUCUGAAUGUGAUUUGAGUAAUUGUGGUCCACUUUGAUUUAAUUGUGUUUGAAGGCAUUUCCCUACCUGUAAAAGAAAGAAAAAUGAGUUAACUCAGGAGAAAAAUAGAAAUCUUAAAAUAAGUGCAACCUAGGAAAAAGAGACCGGUCUAAUUAACUCAAAUUAGUCUGAUUAAAAUAACUUAGAAUGAACUAAAGAGCAAAAAGAAAGAGUGAUGUACUUUUUAUUUAAUUUUUUAUUUUUUCCCUUUUCCUCCCCAUUUAUAUUUACAUCAUUAUUAAGAAUCUGCAGGGUAUUUUUGGUUUCAUGUACUGUAUUUUAUAUGUGUGUUUUGCAUUCAGUAAAUUGCCGGCCUUUUUCACUUAAAGCAGCGGUCUCUGGUGUUAUUAUUCUUGCUCCCCACUCCUUAGAGCCUAGAACUGGUCCAGUGGCGCAGCUAGUGGUGUGAUACCAGUGCUACAAACUUGGCGAGCCAGCCAGGAGUGGCUUAAAGCAUUUAAACCGGAGACCGUAUAAUAUUAUCAGUGUUAAAGGAGGAGAAGGAAGGGAAAAAAAUGGAUGUCGUUCAAACCAGUAGUGUAAAAAUCCCUAACUCAGUCAUAGUUAGCGGUAUAACCGAUACAGAAGUAGAUGACGAACUAAGUGACUUCCUGAAACAAUAUGGUUCCAUUCAAAGGGUAAUCCCAGUAGAUCCCACUGAACCAGAGUCGGCCAAGCAGGUUAUUGUAGAGUAUGUGUAUGGUAUAGCUAUGCAAUCUCUCUUACCUUCAUUGCCGUACAGGCUUAACAGUAAGACCAAGACUGAUGUCACUUACCACAUCAGAGCCUUAGCCAAUGUUUACACACCUGUAGCUAGCAAAACAGCUACACAGACUUACCUUUCAGAGUUAAAGGACAUUGCAAAACAAACUGGUAAAGACUUUGCAGCUGUCCUCAGAGAAGAGCUCUCUCUCAUCAGUGAGACUGUCGAUCUAGAUCAUUCAGAGUCCCAAGAUGGAGAUGCAGAGCAGAACUCACCUGAUACCCCAGAGCAACAUGCCCCUGAAAAUGUUGCACAGGUAAGCCCUCUGCCCAGUAUGGCCCCGCAGCAGCAUGUUCAACAUCAUUGGUCUCCACCAUUGACACCAUGUAAAGAAAAGACACAGCCCGCUCUGAAACUUUCUGAUGUCAAUCCACCUGACAUACAAAAAGUAAUUGUUGAGCACAUAGUGAGAAAUGAAGACUCUGCUCUGCAGGUGCACACUUCCUUGAGACUCAGACCCUUCUCUGGGCGUGUCCCACGUCCCAACAGUGAAGUGGAUUAUGAGACAUGGCGUUCCAAUGUGGAACUUCUUCUUAAAGAUAUAACACAGUCUGAUCUUUACAAGUCACGAAAGCUUCUUGAAAGUCUCUUAUCAUCCGCCAUUGAUAUUGUGAAAAAAGAAAAACAUAACUUACCUGGUCGGGAACUGACGGGGGUUUUAUGAGAACUAAGUUUUGGUGAGUUUUGUGUUUAUUUUUCUAUAAUAUUAACUUUUCCUGUUAAUUAAUCACCGCUCUUUUCCUCCGAUUCCUCCUCUGCUCUCUCCCUCAGUUCUGUGUACUGCAGCGUCACUUAGGCGCCGCGUCUGUAACGCUGGUUCCUUAAAGGAACAGCGACGUUAUUUUCUGUCUACAGACUUUUAACCAACUAUUUGUUCCUAUUUAUGUCAGAUUUUAACAUGGGUUACAUUACACCUAGAUUUCGGGCCUGAACAUUAGUUUUUUACCUGUAAUAAU